UUAAUCCAUUUAAAAAUCUGUCCAGAAAAAAUAAUUUCCUACCACUCCUCAAAAUUUACGAAAUCCCACUGAUUUAGGUAGCGGCUGAUUCUACACAUUUUAUCUCAAAUCCCAUUGCACUUUGCCGUUCCAAGGUAACUGGAAGCCGAAUUCCAAGCUUUGUCUGUAAGAUUCAUUUGUGAACCUCAUCAUGUCAUUGUUUACCCAGUCUCCAUCCAGUAAUCCAGUACAUUCUGUUUCCCAAUUGCAUCAUAGAACCCCUAAAUUAUAUAAAUCUCAGAGUCUGUUUGGCAGAUGUAACUUGCCAUAUGUUAGCAGCGGUCUUCGGAUCAUUUGUUGUGCUAACACAUCUCGAUGGGAACCACCUCCAGUAACAUAUGUUCCGGAGAAAGAAGGUCCACUGCUCAAAGAGACUAGCAAUAUCUUUGAAACCAUCACUUCUUCUAGUGAGGCAGCUGAAGCUUCAAUAACUAAGACGGAGCAUCAACAUGUGGAUGCAAAUAAGCAGCCUGUUAUGCAGUUCCACUACCUUAGGCAGCCUCUAUGGCUUCUUGGCCCCUUGCUUCUCUUGGUGACCGGCGUUGUGCCCACCUUGUGGCUGCCAAUAUCAUCUAUUUUCCUUGGCCCCAACAUAGCCAGCCUUCUAUCCCUUACCGGACUGGACUGCAUUUUCAAUCUUGGCGCGACCCUGUUUCUCCUUAUGGCAGACUCCACCGCUCGUCCAAACAAGGAGAGUGAAGGUUGCAGCAGCAAGCCUCCUUCAAGUUACAGUUUCUGGAACAUCAUUGCAAAUGUAGCUGGAUUCAUCAUUCCCUCGGUGAUGUUCAUUGCUUCCCAGAAAGGAUUGCUUCAGCCUCAGCUGCCUUUGAUCUCAUGGGGAGUGCUCUUAGGCCCUUACUUCCUGCUUCUGUUGGUGCAACUGCUGACGGAGAUGCUGACUUGGCACUGGCAGUCACCGGUGUGGUUGGUGACACCGGUUGUUUAUGAGUCGUAUCGACUGUUGCAGCUGAUGAGAGGGCUGAAGCUGGGGGCAGAGGUCGGGGCACCAUCGUGGACGGUGCACACGCUUAGGGGAUUGGUGUGCUGUUGGGUGCUGGUUCUUGGGGUGCAACUCAUGAGGGUUGCUUGGUAUGCUGGUUUUACUGCUCGUGCUUAUCAACAACAGUCUGCUGAGGUUGGAUCAUGAACUGGUAUUUAUGUGGCAGAAACCACAUUGUAUAAUAGUCCCUUAGUUGUUUCAUCAAUUAUGUAUUAGGUUCAAUAUUGCAAACCAAACUCAUAUCAUGACUAAUAAAUUAAUAAUAGGCUGUCAUCUUAGAAA